AUGGAGGCAGCGGGAGAGACAGCGGCUGCGGUGCCGGCUGAGGAGCUGCGGGCGCCGGCCGCCUUCGUGGCUCCCCUGCAGCCUGAGGUGGCCGCCGCUACCGCCAUGGUGCUGCCGGAGCGGCUGCAGCGGCGGGAAGCGGAGCGGCAGCAGGGCGUGGAGCGGCAGCGGCAGAAGAAGGAGGCGCAGGUGGUGAAGGAGGAGCAGAGCGAGUUCUUCGUGGCUGCCUUCGCCCGGGAGCGAGAGGCCGUGGAGGCGCUCCUGGCGGCGGGGCCUCUGGAGGAGGCGGCCGCCCGCCUGCAAGGGCUGCAGAAGCUGCUGACCGAGAGCGUGCGGUUCCUGGCCCCCUACGAGGUGCGGCAGGGGCAGGAGGCCGUGGCGCGGCUCCAGGGGGACCUGGCAGCCCGGCGCCAGCAGCUGCAGCCCAAGAAGAAAUUCGCCUUCCGGGCCCUCAAGAAAGAAGCGGCUCCGGGCAGCGAGCCGCGGCCCCCGAAGCCCGCCCAGCCUGCAGUCGCCGCGCCGGCCCCCGGCUACGGCCCCGCCGAAGGGGAGCCGGGCGGGCCGCCGCUGUGCGGGUUCAGCGGCGCCGAGGACGAGGAGCUGGAGCUCGGCCCCGCUGAGCUGCUGCAGCGCGACGUGGUGCUCUCCGAGCUGCGCGGCUGCCGGGUGCGGCUCCGCGGCAACGCCAACACGCUGCGGGUGCGGGACUGCCGGGGCUGCACCGUGCUCUGCGGGCCCGUUUCCACCUCCGUGCUGGUGGAUGGUUGCAGCGAUUGCCUCCUGGUGCUGGCCUGCCAGCAGCUCCGCACCCAUCGCACCCGCGACAGCCGGUUCUACGUGCAGGUGACCAGCCGAGCCGUAAUCGAGGGCUGCACUAAGGUCUCCUUCGCCCCCUACACCUGGAGCUACCCUGGUAUCGAGAGAGAUUUCGAGUCUUCUGGGCUGGACAGAAACAGAAACAACUGGAACCUGGUGGAUGACUUUGACUGGCUGGCAACGGACAAGCCUUCACCCAACUGGAGCCUGAUCCCCGAGCAGGAAAGAAUCAGUUGCUGGGACUGACUGCAAGAGGCAGCUCGGUGCUGAGCAAGAAAUCCUGGUGUAAACGCAUUGAUUCAUAAACUCUGGGACUUAAUUCCUAAUAUGCCAUUAAAUGAUUCCAUUUGGUAUUUAAAUUGUGUAUUACAACAUAUGACAGGACUUUUUAAAUUUAAGAAUACCAGUAAAAUAUAGUUUACGGUUCUUACACAA